UAAAAUAACCAUCAUGUUCACACUUGCCUUACUUAUUUGAAAAAGUAACUUGUUGUAAAUUGAAAAAGUAAUGUGUUACAAUACUUGUUACUUGAAAAAAGUUGUAAUGCGUUACCCUCAACACUGGUUUUGAGUUCAUGCCAGCCCUGAAUACACAAAAGGAAAAUAUGUUGGACUAAAGUGUUAUUGAAUUUCUUAAAUACUCUCACCUAAAAUUACUGUAAAAGAAAUCACAUGAGAACUGCUUGUGAAAAAUGCAAUUAUGCAGUUUUGUUUUGAUGCAAAUGACUGGAAAAUGACAUUUUUUUCUUUCUCGUGAGAAACUGCAAAUCGUGGUCUGUGGAAGGAAGCACAGCGUCAUCACUGGCCUACAUAAACAGGAAAACGGAAGAUUACACAACUCAUUUAUGUCUGUUUUUACUUUUUAAGAGGUUAAUAAUAACAAAACAAUAUUAGCAUGCUUGUAGCAUAUGUAAUCCCUGAAACCAUAAUCACUUUCAUAAACACAACAUACUUUUACAACUUAAAUUAACUUCAUUAUGACAUAAAUGCAUGAUUUGAAAAACCAUGUACAAAAAAGAAGCAAUCAAGCUUUUUUUUCACUGUCAAAAAAAGCAAGAGCUAGAACUUCUUAACAUGGAAAUAAAAUGAAUAAUAUGAACACUAUAAUAAACCAACAGUUUUGGAACGCCCAUUAACUGGCAACUACCUUAAAAUGUGUUACCAAGGAAUUGCCGCAACAUUUAAAAAAAAAACAAUUACUUUCAUUGUAAAAGUGGUACUUUCAUUUCAUGUUUGAGGGAAAGAGGAAUGGCAGGGUUUUGAGGUAGGCACAUAUUUAAACUUCCCAUUCUUCAUGAAAACACUCAAAUAUACCCUAUCCAGUUAGCCAGGAGUCAUUAGUACUAACAAGACUGACAAAAAUAAGAGAACAUCAUGACUGAAGACUAUACAUAUCCCGAUUAUGUAACACCAGAAGACCAACUAUGUCGCAAAGAGGAGGUGGUGAAAGUUGGAUCCAUUGUUAUUCCAAUUUUUUUCACUCUUCUGGUUGUGUUUAGUUGCAUUGGCAACCUGCUGGUUCUGGUCAUCCUGGUGCGGUACGAGAAGUUUAAAUGCCAGAUAAACAUCCUGAUCCUCAAUUUAGCUCUGUCAGAUCUGCUGUUCACGUUUGGACUUCCAUUCUGGGCCUCGUACUACAUCUGGGGUUGGACGUUUGGAGAGAUUGGCUGUAAAGCGGUGAAGUUUCUGUUCUAUGUUGGCUUUUACAGCAGUGUGUUGUUCUUGACUCUCAUGACCGUUCAGCGUUACAUGGCAGUGGUUCAUCCUCUGUCUGACUGGGAGAAAUGCAGAGGAUUUUCUGUCGCUCCCUUCGUCAUUUGGAUCCUGAGCGGAGCAGCUGCGCUGUUAGUCUCACUCCGUAGCAUCGUCUUGCUACACGAUAAUAAUCUUUACUGUGAAUUUGACAGUAUUAGAGCAAAACAUGUCGCUAUUUAUUUACAAAGCAUUUUUUUCUUGAUUGCAUUUUGCAUCAUGGGAUUUUGCUAUGUCAGAAUGUUUCUGAUAAUCACACGGUCCCGAACAAAGCUGCGAAAGAAGACUAUCAAACUAAUAUUCUGCAUCGGCCUGGUGUUCUUCAUCGGCUGGGCUCCAUACAACAUUGUGAUGCUUUUGAGAAUUUUGCAGGAUUAUGGUUUAAGUCCAUUCACAAACUGUAAGGUAUCCAUUCGUCUUGAUUAUGCAUUUUACGCUUGCCGACUGUUGGCUUUUUCACACUGCUGCUUAAACCCAGUGCUUUAUGCUCUAAUUGGAGAAAGAUUCCAGAAACAUUUACGGAUGAUACUGAAGAAAAUGUGUCCAAAAUAAAGCAAUUCUGCUCUACACUGAAUAGAAUUUCCUAUUCCUUCUCUGUUUAUGGUGUGUUUGUUUAAAGCAAGAUUUCUAACAAUGCACAUUACAUCAUACACUCCAGUUCAAAAGUGCAAGGAAAUUAACUCUUUUAUUCAUUGAGGAUGCAUUAAACAUCAAAAGUUACAGUAAAGGCAUUUAUAAAAGAUUUCGGUUUCAAAUAAAUGCUGUUCUUUUGAACGUUUUGCUCAAAGCAGCAGCUGUUUUCAACAUUUCCUAAGUAUAUUAGGUUACACUUUAUUUCACUUUAGACAUUCUACUGACUCUAACUUUGCAACUACAUGUCAACUAACUCUUAUUAGUGUAUUAAUGGACUGAAGUAGACUGUUAGGUUAGAAUAUGCUGACAUGUACUUUAAGUUACUUAGAGUCAGCAGAAUGUCUGUUUGGCGUCAAUAAAAAUAAAUUGUUAGCAGAUAUUAAAGGGACAGUUCCGCCAAAAAUGGAAAUUGUCAUAAUUUACUCUCCCUCAAGUUGCUCCAUAAGAAUGUGUGUAACCAAACCGUUGAUAGGCCCCACUGACAUCCACUGUGUUUUUGUUCGUUUAGCUAAAUUUUACCAUAUUGUUACAGCAACACCAGUUCAUCUGUGUGUGUGUAUGUCGGUUUUGUACUCUUUAUGUUUUAUAAGUGCAAAAGUGCAAGGAAAAAACCAUCAAACCAUGUUCACAUGUUUAUCUGAAACCUCAGAGAGAGAAUCGCCUUCACACUGACACCAUAUGAAAAACUGGUGGAAAAAGUUUAAUCUAGGCCAGGAAAAUGUCAGAAUCAUAAAACCGCAGCAAUAAUUUACUGUUACAACGUAAUUUGCAACAGACACAUGCACAUUAGAAACACAAAGCAGCCUUAGUCGUUUCCAGAUAAAAAGUUUUAUUGAUUUUCAUCAUUUGUACAUGCAUAUAGAUCGACUUAGUUGGGAGAAAACGCUUCAGUUUUUUAAAGUGGUACUCAGUGCUGUUGGUUAGGUAAAAGGGCACAUGGGUGCUUCAUGACAAGUGCUCUUUAUAUAAGAAAUCUGUCCCUGACAUCUCAGUAAACAAGUUGUGCUUGUUUUAAACCU